UUAGUAGUGAUUAAGAAUGAUAGAGCUUCUAACAUACUUUGUUUAGAACUUGUAACAUUGUAUAAAUGUUAGUAUAACUCAGGCAAUUCAGUUCAUUCAGCGUCGUGAUAUCGUUUGGAACAACAUGAGUUUAGUCGGUAAAGUUGUAAUUGUGACUGGAGCAAGUUCAGGCAUUGGAGCCUCAGCAGCUGAGGCCUUUGCCAAAGAAGGUUCUAAAGUGGUGCUUGUCGGACGAAAUGUAGAAAAUCUCAAAGCUGCAGAAGCCGCCUGUAGAGCAGCCAACAGCAAAGCCGAACUACUCUCGAUCACUGCUGAUGUCGCUGUGGAUGCGGAACGCAUUAUCAAUUCAACAAUUGAAAGAUUCGGACAAUUGGAUGUGCUGGUCAACAAUGCGGGCAUUUUUGAAGUUGGUGGUAUUUUGGAUAUUGAUGUCGAUCAAUUUGAUCGUAUUUUCAAUACGAACGUGCGUGCGGUCUUCCUUUUGACGAAAUACGCCGCACCACAUUUGAUCAAGAGUCAAGGUAAUAUUGUGAAUGUCUCCAGUGUUACAGGAAUACGUGCAUUUCCUGGAAUUUCCACAUAUUGCGCAUCGAAGGCAGCACUCGAUCAAUUCACCAGAUGUAUCGCUUUGGAUUUGGCGCCGCAUAAUGUGCGUGUAAAUUCUGUCAACCCCGGCGUUAUUGCAACGGAUAUUCAUAGACGUCGUGGUUUGACACCGGAAGGAAUCAAGGAAUAUUAUGAACGUUGUAAGAAGACGCAUGCGCUAGGUCGUAUCGGAGAACCGAGUGAAGUGGCCGAUGCUAUAAUUUUCUUCGCUAGCGAUAAAUCAAGCUUUAUAACGGCAGCAACUCUGCCCAUCGAUGGUGGCAAACAUGCAAUGUGUCCUCGUUAAGUGUUCAUAAAAAUGCUUUAUAUAAAUAUACAAUGUAUAUAUGUAUAUUUCUCACAGCAAUUACAAAAUAUAUAUUAAAAUUAAGUGUCAGUCUAUCCAUCGGUAGUCAAUAGACCCUUAAAAAUAUA